UAUCCUCGCGCAGCCGCAGUAGACAUCGCACACGCAGCAGCCCCGGGGGUAGUGACUCGCUCGUGACCUUCUCACUCUGCGGGAGGAGCUGCUAAGCCGGGGCGGGAUCGGCGGUGCUUUGCGGCCGGCAGGAGAUGCCGUAAAGCGUGCGCGGCUGGCUUUGCGGCAGGGCAGAUGAUUGCUUGUGAAAGGUGCGUGACAACUGAGGAGUCUGAAGUCCUUGCUCCACAGAAAAGGUAGAGGCGGCAGCAGCAGUGCAAACACCCCACCAAUGGGCUUCAACUUCAUCCUGGACGCACUAGCUCAGUUGAGAAGAGGGUAAAUAAUCACACAAGAAUUAAGUGGCUAUGUUCAGUGAAAUAUGAAAAAUGGCUAAUCCUUUAAGAGGUGAAGUGCUGAAUCUUUACAAAAACCUGCUGUACCUUGGAAGGGAAUAUCCCAAAGGAGCAGACUGCUUUAGAAGCCGUUUGAAGGCAGCUUUCCUAAAAAAUAAGGAUGUGAAAGAUCCAGAAAAAAUUAAGCAACUAAUUAGUCGUGGAGAAUUUGUUAUAAAAGAGCUAGAGGCCUUGUAUUAUCUCAGAAAGUACAGGGCUAUGAAACAGCGCUACUAUGAGGAUGACAAUAAGAAUAAGUAAUGUGUAAUAUUAUUGACCCUGUGCUUGUAACAAUGCAGGUUAGUGGCUGGGAUGAAUAAAUAAAAAAGAAUGGUUAUGUUAAAGGCAAUGAGACUUAAAUAUUUUCAAACCAGAGGACAUAUUUGAUCACCAUGUCAGUGGCUACAUUACAAUAUUUCAAGUGGCUAUUUUAAUUGUUUGAAUAUAAAGUUCUGUGGCAUGCAGAUGUGAUCUUAUACUGAUAGCUUAGAGGCUUUGUCCGCCAUUCUGAUCUAUCCUGAACUGAAGCUUGAUGCACAAAAAUGCUCUGACAGAAAGUUAACCUAGUUUGGUUCCUCACUUCAUUUUCUUCACUGAACAGAUGAAUUUAAAACUGAAUGCAGAUCAGAUAGCCCUAAUAUAUAUAUAUGAAACAAGCAGUUGAUUAAUCAUAGUUAACUCAUAAACUCAAAAAAAAA